AUGGCACUAUCUCCCUUCAGCUCUCGGUCUCCUACGACCGUGCACUCGCCGAACACCGCCAUCCGGCUUCGAGCGACCGCUGCUCAAAACUCAGUCUCUGGGACAGCUGCUGCCGCGGCUUCUCAGCCAGUGCAGCACGGGGAUCGCGAACUCACUGAGCAACUUAACAUCGAUGUGCGGGAGAGAUAUGUCAAAGACAAGAAAGUUGGAGAAGGAACAUACGCGGUGGUAUUCGUUGGCCACCUCCGAGACGACCCCUCAUCCCUCGUUGCGAUCAAGAAAAUCAAAGUGAACGCGGAAUAUAAAGAUGGGCUAGCUAUGGAUGCGGUUCGUGAGGUGAAAUAUCUUCAAGAACUCAAGCAUCCUAACGUGAUCGCUUUGCACGACGUCUUUUCCUCUAAAGAUCAAAAUCUCAGCCUGGUCCUCGAGUUCCUUCCAGGUGGAGAUCUAGAGAUGCUGAUCAAAGACAGUGACGUCCAAUACGGCGUGGCAGACAUCAAAGCUUGGAUGGGCAUGCUUGCUCGAGGUGUCUGGUGGUGUCACGAGAAUUUUAUCCUUCAUCGGGAUAUCAAACCCAACAACUUGUUGAUCGCGGCGGACGGAGAGGUCAAAUUGGCCGAUUUCGGCCUGGCCCGGUCCUUCGCUGAUCCGGGAUUCCGAAUGACUUCGCAGGUCAUCACUCGGUGGUAUCGCCCCCUCGAGCUGCUCUAUGGGGCCCACCAUUACUCCGGGGCUGUAGAUGUGUGGUCGAUGGGCAUGGUCUUUGCCGAGCUUCUCAUUCGAGUUCCUUUCGUUGCCGGGAACACUGAUCUGGACCAGGUCUCGAAGAUUUGCGAGGCGUUCGGGACGCCCACGGAAGAGAAUUGGCCCGGGGUGAGCAAAUUACCCCACUACAUUGCAACGGACAAGAACCAGGUGAUGCCACUACAAGGGCGUGAUUUCUUCAUGCGCCAAUUCCCCACUGCAGGCCCCGUGGGUGCCGAUCUGCUGAUGGCAAUGUGCACCCUCGAUCCCCGCAAGCGGCAUACGGCGGUUCAGUGUCUUCAUCACAGCUGGUGGACCGUUGACCCUCGGCCGACGCAGAAUGAGAACCUCCCGCGCAAAUCCGGUGGGACUAAAAAGAUGGGGGAUGAUCUGGCCCGACGGGAUCUCGACGAGGGCCUGUUCAAGAGUGCUGCCCGACAGCUCGACUUUGGCAUGAAAUAA